AUGUCUGGUCGAGGGAAACAAGGGGGGAAAGCCCGCGCUAAGGCCAAGUCUCGCUCGUCGCGGGCCGGUCUGCAGUUCCCGGUGGGCCGCGUGCAUCGUCUGCUUCGCAAGGGCAACUACGCCGAGCGGGUCGGGGCCGGUGCCCCCGUCUACCUAGCCGCCGUACUCGAGUACCUGACGGCCGAGAUCCUGGAGCUGGCGGGCAACGCGGCCCGCGACAACAAGAAGACCCGCAUCAUCCCCCGCCACCUGCAGCUGGCCGUCAGGAACGACGAGGAGCUCAACAAGCUCCUCGGUGGCGUCACCAUCGCCCAGGGUGGCGUCCUGCCCAACAUCCAGGCCGUGCUGCUGCCUAAGAAGACCGAAACCAAAUCCGCUCCAGCCCCCAAGAAGGGGUCGAAGAAAGCGGUGACCAAGGCGCAGAAGAAAGAUGGGAAGAAGCGCAAACGGAGCCGCAAGGAGAGUUAUUCCAUCUACGUGUACAAGGUGCUGAAGCAGGUCCACCCCGACACGGGCAUCUCGUCCAAGGCCAUGGGCAUCAUGAACUCGUUCGUCAACGACAUCUUCGAGCGCAUCGCCGGCGAGGCUUCCCGCCUGGCGCACUACAACAAGCGCUCCACCAUCACGUCCCGGGAGAUCCAGACGGCCGUGCGCCUGCUGCUGCCCGGGGAGCUGGCCAAGCACGCCGUGUCCGAGGGCACCAAGGCCGUCACCAAGUACACCAGCUCCAAGUAAAUCGACCGUGAGACCUCUCACACCCUCAACCCAAAGGCUCUUUUCAGAGCCGCCCACUAUUUCACAGAGAGCGGCUGUUGCCAUUUUCCUGGUGUUCCAGGGUAAGCUAUUGUGUCAGGUAUAAGUGAGCUAUGUAUUCAUUGCUUAUAAUCAAUAAUCCUGAAACAUGUCUU